AUGAUGGACACCGCGGACAGCGCAUGCGCGGGCGGGGAGGGAGAUUGUGAUGUCGAGGCGGGGAGAGGGCCGGGAUGCAGUGCGCCGGGGCGGGGGGAAGCAUUCGCGCUGCUGAAGCUGCCGCUGGAGGUGCUGAUGGCGGUGAUGGGCAGGCUGGAGGCGAUCAGCCUGGCGAGGCUGGAGCUGGCGGCGCGCGCGUUCCACGGCCGCCACCCCGUGGCGGGCCUGCGGCUGACGGAGCUGGCGGCCCGGGACGCGCUGCGCAAGCGCGUAGGGGCGGAUCUGUACGGGUGUUGGAGUUACCCUUCGUGGAAGGAGCGGCUGUACUUGGAGGAGUCAGGUGUGGGGUUCCAAUAUGACCUGGGCAUGGCAGAGGGCUUCACAUUCAACUGCGAUCGGAGUGGCAGUGCAGUGAAGGUGGUCAAGCUCAUGGGUCUGGGCCCAAAGAUGCUGGUGUCUGACCUGUCGACAAGCGAGAAGCGCGUCCUUAGGUGGAAGCUGCGUGUGCUUGGCAACACAGCUGUGGAGUUCGGAGCGGUGCCCAGCCACCUGCAGAAACGAAGGAAAGCGUUGCACAAGUGCCUGACAGAGACUGGGAACGCCUUCUGUAUCGGGUUCUGCUCGCAAGUGACUGUUGGCAGCCAGCUUCCCUUUCGCGUACCAGUGGUCAAGGGCACCACCGUCGAUGUGCUUGUGCGGCCAGGCAAGGCGCAGUUCAUCGUGAAGAAUCCAGCAGAUGCAUCGAAUACGCACUGGGAAAACAACCACAGGGUCCACACAGAAUAUAGGGGCCCUGGCGAGAUCAGCUUCACACAGUACUUUGAGGACGACCUGGAUGUAAAACUGGCACUGACUGCCUGGGCAAAGGCCAUGUUCCACGUGCUGCACGUUUGCAGGGGCACCGUGUCACUCAGCCAGCCUGCCGAGCCGCAGGCCAGCGACGCUCAAGACACCGAGAUGGUCACGUGCUGA